AUGUCGACGGUAUUGUUGCUAUCUACGCCUCACUACAUUGAAUCUGGGGACUGUGGAUACUGUCAUGAUCAGAAAGAAAAUUACCUAGGGAUUCCUACACUUCCUCAAGAAGCCAAUCCCCCAAAAUCAUGCACACAUAUAACUAUAGGUACAUUUGCCCACCAGAUGGGCACCUAUGAUUACAGCAAAUUUGUCAAUCGAGGAUUUAGAAGACUGGGACGGUUCCUAUACAAAGGGGAUAUGCUUCGCGGAUGUUGCCGCAUGUACACUAUACGUACUAAUAUCGACUAUCUCAAGUUUACCAAGAGUCACCGCAAAAUUCUUAACAGGUUUAAUCGGGAAUUAAACGGUAUCACUACGGACACUUCCAAGGGUCAUGUGGGUUUAAAGUUGAGAGAUCUAAUCGAAAUCGAAGCUAAUUGUGGUGGUAAAUUUUACACCAGAUUCGAACUGUCUGGAUUCACCAGAGAGAAGUUUGAACUAUACAAAAAGUACCAGGUGAAAGUUCACAACGACGAUCCGGACGAGGUUUCUGAGGGCCAAUUCAAAUCUUUCUUAUGCGACACACCGUUUCUGGACGAAGAAAUUGAAGGUACUCCAGAACAAUGGAGAGUUCUUAAUAACUGGAUCCAUCUACAACCGAGCGAACGAAAGAAGCACGGAAGGGUGGGGCCAACGCACGAGUGCUAUUAUUUGGACGGGAAACUUAUCGCUAUUUCAGUUCUCGACUUUCUCCCCUGUGGCCUUUCGUCUGUCUAUUUCAUCUGGGAUCCUGACUACGCACAUCUUUCUUUGGGAACGCUUCUGGGACUAAGGGAGAUCUUGAUGUGCAAUGAGCUUGGUCUUGGUGACUACUACCUUGGCUACUACAUAGAGGAUUGCAUCAAGAUGAAGUACAAGGGAAAUUUUGGAGGAGAGAUUUUGGAUGUGUGCAACGAGGCGUUUAUUCCUCUCGCCAGCGUGAAAGAUUUCAUGGCUGACGGUCGUUUCUUUACUGCUGCUCCCAAAGAUUCAAUAAGUGCUAUUAAGGAGCCAGAACUCAAACUUGAAAGAGAUCCAAUCAGAUGGGACUUUCCAGUUGUUAAUGUGACCCAACAAAUGUACGGAAAUAGCGAGAUCUACAAAGAUGCUGUAACUCACAGCAAUACACUUAUAGAUCGGUAUAAACUUCCAACUCCCCUGCUCCCAAAUGUUCUUCCGGGGGCCGUACCAAUGGCGACCUUACUAAAUUGGGUUGAAGCUGGUGAGGUUGGACCGCAUUCACCAGUUACAGUUCUUACGAAAUUCGGUCGUGUUAAGGAAAUCAAGCUCAAGAAUUUAGAUGCACGUUUCCAAUGUUCAUAUUUGGACAUGCUAAGGUUAUUCGGGUUGGAUGUUCUUCGGGAUGCUAUCAUAGUACAUCAAUGA